AUGUGCAGCGGGCGAACAUCACUGCCCAUCGAUGGGCUGAAGCAAGGGAACAUUUCACUGAAACUCUCUAGAGUGAAACUUUCUGAUGGGGGGAACUACACAUGUCACAUUCCACACUUCAAUAAAGAAUCUUUCAUCGAGCUUGUUGUUGUAUCAGAUGUUUUCCCCUCGCCUGUCAUCAGUGUAGCAGGGCUGGACAAAAUCAGAGGAGGAGUGGUGUUACAGUGUGAGUCUAAAGGCUGGUAUCCAGAGCCUGAGGUGUUCUGGCUGGACGGUGAGGGAAACCUCCUCUCUGCUGAACCUACAGAGACAGUCAGAGGUCCUUAUGGUCUCUAUACGGUCAGCAGCAGAGUGACUGUGGAGAAGAGACACAGCAACAACUUCACCUGUAGAAUCGAACAGAACAAGAUCAACCAGACCAGAGAGACACACUUUAUUGUUCCAGGUGAUUUCUUUAAGGCCCAGCCCAGUUCUUCUCCUGCCAUCAUCGUUGGUUUGGCUGUUGGUUUGGCUGUUUUCAUCGUGGUUGUUGCAGUUUUCUUUUUUGUGUGGAAAUGGAAACAGAACAAGACCAAGAGGGAUGAAAUUAAAGGUGAUCCUGAAAUGCAGCCUCUCAAUGGAGUACAUGGAAUAACACUCACAAUUGAAAAGCUGCUGCAGCUCCAUGAAGAGAAUCAGAGGACAAUGAAAGACCUGCAGACCCUGAAGGAGAAUCUGGAGACCAAGACCAAAGAGCUGGAGACAAUAAAAGAUAAUUGGAGUCCAGGUGACGAGGAGGAGCAGCAGAGGAAAGAACAAACUGAAAAAGAAGUGGAGACACUGAAGAAGGAUCUGCAGACCAAGCAGGAGGAGUUUGAGACCAAAACCAAAGAGAUUGAAGAAAUAAAAACUGAACUUCAGAGGAAGGAAAUUGACCUGCAGAGACAGAAGACCAAGAACAAGGAGGUUCAUCUCUCUAAUGUUCUGUUUCUAUUCAGAUUUCUAGUUAGGGUUAUGAAAAUCUCAGUUGGAAAGAGAUCAAACUGCUCCAGUCCAGUCUUCUAG